AGCGCCCGUCGCCGCCCCGCCGACGCCGCUGCCCCAUAGCCGACGCCGCCGCCCCACAGCCGACGCCGCCGCCAUGCAGCCGCCCCGCCGCCCCGCAGCCGCCGCCCCUCCCCCCGUCGCGAGUCGCCACCCAUCGGCCCGUCGCGGGGACUCAGCACGAGGACGUGCGCCUCGGAGCUGCAGCCGACGCCUGAGUCCUGACCAAGGACUUAUCCUCGGCCAUGUCUGCUGCGCCAUCGCUCUCUUCACCGGCUGGAUCGGAGUCGUAGCCACCACAGAUGGAUCGGAGUCCGCAGCCGCCGCCCUUGUCUCCCGCGGGAUCGGACGCAAUUCGUCAAGGAGGAGCACAGGGGCUGGCAACAUGCUAGCAGGAGCACAGGCCGGCGACGCGCUGGGCUAGCAGGAGCAGAGCUGCUAGCGACACGCUGAAUGAUAAUGUAGUAGUGCUGCUAGAAUGGCCAACUGUAUCGUGUUUUUUUACGUGAACCGUAGCGUGUUGAUGAUGUAGAAGUGAUGUUUUAUGCGUGUGGUUAUGAAAUGCUCACUAGAUUACUUUGUUCA